CAGCCAACACAACAUGUGAAACAAAGUCAAUUUAUUGUCGACAGGUAAAUCGACAGCUUGAAGCAGGGGAAGCAGAAGUACCGAAGCCUUCGAUAAGUGUUCCUUGCGUUGCGUUGUGUAUGCCCAUGAUAGUGAUCCGUCCAUGGCUGGGCCGGGUUGCACGGGAAUGAUGGCUCGCAGGGCUGGUCCGGAGACUCUUUAUUUGUUCUUGUUUGCCGGUUCUUUGUUGGAUGUUGCUAAUUUGGUGAUUCCGGGGGACAUUAUCGCGUCAUCUUUAUCUGUUUAUCUCUCAACCUUGAAUCUUUCAAGUUUUCAUCUUCCUAAAAGGGGGGAGGGAGUAACCGGAUGGCUGCAGUAAGCGGGCAAUAGAUAGAUAGAUAGUUAGAUCGAUAUUUAGAUAGAGACAUGC